AAUACAUUCCAUUCCACUGCCUUACAGACUAGAAAGAUUGAGUUUAAGAUCGCUGAAAUCGACCGUUCAACUUUGAAUUGUUCACUCAUAGUUAAAUUUAGGUUACUUUCAACGAAGAAAGAGUUGCUAGAAGGCACUGAAUUCUUAGUCUUCGCGUUUCUCGAUUGGAGUUGGAAUUUCACACGUUUUCGUCGUCAACUAUCUUCAUCCGACCUGCUAUAUAUCUUUUUCCUAAGCACUUCUUGUCGCGAGAAUAUAGAAUGCAGUUGCAGGAAUUGAUUGCCGAAGGUUCCAGAAAGUAUAACACAUGCUCUCCAUAAGUGAUCUGUGAUUCGACUUCUUGGAAACAGCUAUUUGAGCCUUCUAUUUUUACAUAAAAGUAAAGAGAGUCUUCAAGCUGGAAUGAGGUGUAAUGUAUGCUGGAGAGAACUAGAAGGACGAGCUGUUUCAACCUCCUGCGGUCACAUUUUAUGCACUGAAGAUGCCAGUAAGAUCCUCAGUACUGAUGCAGCCUGCCCAAUCUGUGAACAAGUGCUCUCCAAAAGUCUUAUGAAACCUGUGGAUAUCAAUCCAAACGAUGAAUGGGUGAAUAUGGCUAUGGCUGGGAUAUCUCCGCAAAUAUUGAUGAAGAGUGCAUACAAGAGCGUGAUGUUCUAUAACGGGCAAAUGGAACUAGAGAUGCAAUUCAAAAUGAACAGGAUAGUGGCUCAGUGCAAGCAGAAAUGUGAGAUGAUGCAAGAAAAGUUCACUGAAAAACUGGAACAGGUGCAUACUGCUUAUCAGAAAAUGGUCAAGAAGUGCCAGAUGAUGGAAAAAGAAAUUGAAAGCUUAUCCAAAGAUAAGCAAGAGCUCCAAGAGAAAUUCUCUGAGAAAUCCAGGCAAAAGAGAAAACUUGAUGAGAUGUAUGAUCAACUAAGAAGUGAAUAUGAAACAACGAAACGUUCUGCUAUCCAGCCUGUGAGCAAUUUCUAUAGAACUGAGACUGAUCUAUUUGAAAGUCCAGCUAAUAUGAUUUCCAAUAGAGAACAUGUUAGAAAAGAUUGGUCAGUUUUCACUCCUGAAACUCCAGGACCUAAAGAGGACAUAUGGCCAGCAGAAAGACAGACCAGCUCAAAAUCUGGGACCCUUGAAAUUGCUGGUGGUUCACCCAUGAAAUCAACUGCAGGCGUAGUUGAGCCUGGAAACAGAAACACGAGAACUACAGGUUGGCCCGGUUUUGGAGCUGGAGAUGGACAUGAUAGUAAUCAUCAAUCAGGGACUUUGAGGAACCUGAUUCUUUCGCCAUUGAAAAGGCCUCAGCUCUCGCGUAACCGCCCUCAGCUUUUCACUCUGUAGAGAUGAACAACAGAACAGUUUUACUAUAACAUAUGAACAGUAAAGCAUCUGGAGGAGGAAGAGGAGGAGUAUUAUUGCACUAAUUCUGUUUGUCCAUUCAUUCACUUUUGUAGCAUUUGUUUUGGUGUUUUAAUAUCUCUUAAUAUUUCUGUCUGUAUACUUUAACCAAGCUUCCUUAUCAGAAUGUAUUACUAAUAUGCUAC